UCAUACAAAAUUUGCAGCCGGAAACAACGAGGUCACGCAGGCCAACUAAAUCAAAGUAAAUCCAUUUAGAAGUUGAACCGAUGUUAGAAGGAAAAGAAAACUAGAAAAUUACAAUUAAAGAGUCGGUGAUAAAUUGUACAAAAACAUAAGAAGGAAACGACAUGUCGUCGCCAGUAGCAAGACAAAAAGCGAGCUCCCCUGCCGAGAACCAAAACGUGAGGCGCUCCAUAGCCAUAGCUUCCGCGAGAGAGAGAAGGUUUGGAGCCAUGAGGCCGACUCCGAUGGACUUCUUCGGCGACAUGGACGACCAGGGCUCCACCAUGGCCAUGGACGUUGACGAUGUUGACACACUCGAGAGCUUCGCCGACGGUGUCAUCGGCGAGAACAAGCUGGCCGACGCUGACUUCUUCAACUCCUUCGAGGACGAUUUCGACGACACCGACAUCAACUGAACCAACCGCAGCUUCUUCUCCAUCGAACCCAUGUAAUGAUUUGCUUCGAUUUGCUCUGUUUUCUAGGGUUUCGGCUAGGAUGAAGUUUCGUCUUUAAUUGGCCAAAAUAGUAUAUGCAGUAUCAAUGGAUGGAUGGUUAUUUUGAAAAAUUGGUUAUAUAUAGAUAUGGAUUUUAGUUUGUGUUUAUGCUA